GUGUCUGCAUCCUUCAGUGCGUCUGAGCGGCUGACUGUGCCACAUAUCGGGAGCAAUGUCUGUCAUCGGCAGUUACAGCGACUUCUCCAGCAGGGGAGGGGGAGGGAUCUCCAUGGGAGGCUGGGGGUCUUCGGCCGGGUCCUCCCGAAUGGGCAUGUCGGUGCUGUCUCGCCAGAGCGGGAGCGUCUACGGUGGGGCGGGGGGCAAGGGCACCCGCAUAUCCUCCUCCAUGGGCAUGUCCUCCAUGGGCAUAUCCUCCUCCAUGGGCAAGCUGGGCUCCUCGGACGGGGGCUUUAGCUUCGGUGGAGGCGGAAGUGGAGGCGGCGGCUUCGGCGGCUUCUCCCUGGAGGCCAGUGGCGGAGGGGGCUCCUUUUCCAUCAACGAGAAGCAAACCAUGCAGAACCUGAACGACCGCCUGGCCCGGUACCUGGAGCGGGUCCGCACCCUGGAGACCGCCAACGCCAAGCUGGAGGAGCAGAUCCGAGCUUGGGGGCUCAGCCGCACCAAAGUCUCCACCCAGGACAUGAGCGUCCACCGCACCACCAUCAACGACCUUCGUAGUAAGAUCCUGGCUGCUGCUGCUGUGAACCUUGAAAUAAGUGUUCAGAUUGACAACGUCAAACUGGCUGCUGAUGACUUCAGAAUCAAGUUUGAGAAUGAGCUGGGUAUCCGACAGUGCGUGGAGGCGGACAUCAUCGGACUCAGGAAAAUGAUGAGCGACCUGGUCUUGGCCAAACAUGACGUACAGCUACAGUUAGAUGGGGUGAAGGAAGAAAUUGCUUAUCUGACCAAGAACCACGAAGAGGAGACCGUGUCCUUCCGUGCCCAGCUGAGCGGGCAGGUGCAGGUGGAGGUGGAUGCUGCCCCUUCAGCAGAUCUCAACCUGGUCAUAGAUGAGAUCAGGGACCAGUACGAAUCCCUGGUGGCCAAGAGCCGCAGAGAUGUCGAGGCCUGGUUCAAGACCAAGUCAGAAACAGUGCAGCAGGACCUGAAGGUGAACACAGAAGUGCUGCAGACCAGCAGCGUGGAGCUAAAGGACAGCCAGAGCAGCAUGCGCAACCUGGAGCUGGAGUUGCAGGGCCUACUCUCUAUGAAAGCGUCCCUGGAGGGAACCCUGGCAGAAACAGAGGCCCGUUUCUCUGCCCAGAUGGUCAGCCUGCAGGCCACAGUGACGGGGCUGGAGGACCAGCUGGUGAAGCUGAGGGGCGACAUUGAAUUAAACAGCCAGAAGUACGAGGACCUGCUCAACAUCAAGAUCCGGCUGGAAAUGGAGAUCGCAGAGUACAGGAGGCUUCUGGAGGGAGGGGACAUAGGGUUAAUCUCCGAGAGCAAGGUUCGCCUGGAAAGCUCUAUUAUCGGGCUGGAUACAAAACUUGGAACCGUUGAAACUGAAUCAACUCGUGAAGCCUCAUCAGUAACAAUUCAUGAAUCCUCAUCAGUAGGAGCUCCUGAAUCCUCAUCAGUAAAAAUCAAGAAGGUGGUCACUGUGGUUGAGGAGAUGAUUGAUGGGGUGGUCGUAAGCUCCAAUUCCGCAAUCAGCAGCACCAUCCUCGAUGCAGGUACCCCAGGCCUAAGCGUACUGGAGGUAGAAGAAGCAAGAAUCUCUCCGGUACCAGAGUAACCCCACUCCCCAAUUCUGAGGAAGAUGGAGGUUUUCACCCAGGUCCUGGAGACAGCCCAUGUAUACAUUACCUCCUGGAUUUAUUAAAUAAAGUUUGGCAAGUUUAGUGAU